AUGGUUCUAUGUUCAAGCAUGCUUAUUCAUCUGCUCAUUGCACCUCUCGAUCUGCUUCCAUCCCUCUCAAUUUCAAGAUAUUUAAGAAUGUCUCAUCGUAAGUUCGAGCAUCCAAGACAUGGUUCUUUGGGAUUUCUUCCCAGGAAAAGGGCUGCUCGUCACAGAGGAAAAGUGAAGGCAUUCCCCAAAGACAAUCCUGCACAACCUUGUAAACUUACUGCUUUUCUGGGAUACAAAGCUGGAAUGACACAUAUUGUUAGAGAUGUUGAAAAGCCUGGAUCAAAACUCCACAAGAAAGAAACCUGUGAGGCAGUGACAAUCAUCGAAACACCUCCAAUGGUGGUUGUUGGGGUGGUGGGGUACGUCAAGACCCCACGUGGGCUCCGCACCUUGAACACAGUGUGGGCCCAGCAUCUGAGCGAAGACAUCAAAAGAAGAUUCUACAAAAACUGGUGCAAAUCAAAAAAGAAAGCAUUCACAAAUUACUCAAAGAAAUAUGAAACCGAAACAGGAAAGAAAGACAUCCAGUCACAGCUGGAAAAGAUGAAAAAGUACUGCAAUGUCAUCCGUGUUCUUGCCCACACACAAAUUCGUAAGAUGAAAGGUCUGAAACAGAAAAAGGCCCACCUAAUGGAAAUCCAAGUCAACGGUGGUGAUGUGGCACAAAAAGUUGACUUUGCGUACAAUUUUUUCGAGAAACAAAUUCCAAUCGAUGCUGUGUUUCAGAAAGAUGAAAUGAUUGAUAUUAUUGGUGUGACAAAAGGGAAAGGGUAUGAAGGCGUUGUGACCCGUUGGGGUGUGACCCGUUUACCCAGGAAGACCCACCGUGGGCUCCGUAAGGUUGCGUGUAUCGGAGCGUGGCACCCCGCUAGGGUUUCCUUCACUGUUGCUAGAGCUGGACAGAAUGGGUAUCAUCACAGAACUGAAAUGAAUAAGAAGAUUUAUAAACUUGGGAAAUCUGGACAGGAGUCGCAUUCUGCAAUCACUGAAUACGACAGGACUGAGAAGGAGAUAACGCCGAUGGGUGGGUUUCCGCAUUAUGGGGUGGUGAAGGAUGAUUUUUUGAUGAUAAAGGGGUGUUGUGUGGGACCCAAGAAGAGGGUGGUGACGUUAAGACAGUCUUUGUUGAAACAGACAUCGAGGCUUGCUAUGGAGGAAAUUAAGCUUAAGUUUGUUGACACGUCAUCAAAGUUUGGGCAUGGACGCUUUCAGACUCUUGAUGAGAAGGCGAAGUUUUAUGGAAGACUCAAAGCCUAGAAAGAUUUUUUUUUUUUUUUAUUUUUUU